AUGUCUACUGAACCCACUUUUAAAUUGGUCCUUGUCGGUGAUGGUGGUACCGGUAAAACCACCUUCGUUAAGAGACACCUUACUGGAGAGUUCCGUAAGAAGUACAUUGCUACUUUGGGAGUCGAAGUUCAUCCCUUGUCAUUCCACACUAACUGUGGUCCUAUCACAUUCAACGUUUGGGACACUGCUGGACAAGAGAAGUUUGGUGGACUGAGAGAUGGUUAUUACAUUAACGGUGACUGUGGUAUCAUCAUGUUCGACGUUACAUCGAGAAUUACUUACAAGAACGUUCCAAACUGGCACCGUGACUUGGUCAGAGUGUGUGAGAACAUUCCAAUUGUGCUUUGUGGUAACAAGGUUGAUGUCAAGGAAAGAAAGGUCAAGGCUAAGACCAUCACUUUCCACAGAAAGAAGAACUUGCAAUACUUUGACAUUUCUGCCAAGUCCAACUACAACUUUGAGAAGCCAUUCUUGUGGUUAGCUAGAAAGUUGUCUGGUGAGCCCCAAUUAGAGUUCGUUGCUGCUCCCGACUUGCAAGCCCCAGAGGUUCAAAUUGAUGCCGAUUUAAUAAAGAAGUACGAGCAAGAGAACGCCGAGGCUGCCGCUAUGCCAUUGCCUGAUGAAGAUGAUGCCGACUUGUAA